GCUCGCCAGUGGUACCCCCUCGGACGCGCAGCAGGAGGCACACUCUACCCCGGAUUGAUGGCUACGAGCGGUGCAAUCUACAACACCCUCAAAGCCGUCAACCUUCCCGUCGACAUUCGCAACAUUUGCGUCUUGCUAGCACCCGGAUUCAGCGGAUUGACGGCAUGGUCGACGUACAAGUUUACAGCGACGAUGAAGGACGACGCUGCUGGACUUCUCGCCGCCGCUUUCAUCGGCAUCGCGCCAGGUUACAUUUCCAGAUCCGUAGCCGGCUCGUACGACAAUGAAGCCAUCGCCAUCUUUCUCUUGAUGACCGUAUUCUACCUCUGGAUCAAGGCGCUCAAGGAUGGCAGCGCGCUUUGGGGAACUGCCGCUGCGCUAUUCUACUUUUACAUGGUGGCGGCAUGGGGCGGUUACGUCUUUAUCACCAACCUCGUCCCGCUGCACGCA